GAAAAAAAGAACAAUCUGAUAAAACUCCUUCUGUGUUAGGAAACAAGUAUAGCAAAGAUGGUUCGUAAAGAACACCUCACAAUGGCUGCAGAUUAUAUCAACGUGCCUGAAACUUCCACCCGACGGUCAACAACUGCAGCAUCCGACUAUUCUGGAAAGACUCCUGAUAUUAAAAAUGAGUGCGCAGACGUGAAGAUAAAGCUUGAUUCCUUAGAUGAGUAUUUCCAACAAGGAUGGCUGUAUAUCCGCCCCAGUGUCUACUACGUGUCACCAGUUAAGAAAUCCUGGUUUGACAGCAGAAACUUCUGUGUUGAAAGAGGUGCAGACCUGGUGGUCAUCAACAGCAAAGAAGAGCAGGGGUUCAUGAAUAAAUUUGUAAAGAUCACAUGGAUUGGACUGAGUCAACGGCAGGACAACGGGCAGUGGGUUUGGGUGGACGGGACUCCGCUGAACAUAAGCUUCUGGUCCCUUGGAGAGCCCAAUGAUGUUGAUGGAAAAGAAAACUGCACUGAAAUAAAUAACCGUCCUGUAGGAAAAAGCUGGAAUGAUGCUGAUUGUCAAAUUGAGAAAUUUUGGAUCUGUGAGAAGAACAUAAAUUUCCUGUAACAAAUAUAUUCCUUUGCUUCUGGAGCAUCACUGUCUGUCCCACCUCAAUAGUCCACUGUUAUCUAGAGUGAAACUUGCUGUUUCAAUCAUGCUUCUGAACAACUCACAGAGGGAUUUGCGGAGCAUGAAUGGAUUUGUUUCAGCAUUUCAUUUUUCAUAAUAUUUGCGGCAAGAGAUGUUUUUUGCAGCAAUUAUUAGCGGCUUCUGGUAAAAAACAAAAAAACAAUUAUAACGUGAUGAUCUUCUUUAGGAAUCACGAGAUGAAUUAUGAGCGGAUAAUAAUUCAUAAGUCUGAGGAAGCUGAUGCAUGAGCCUUCUGCUGUUGUCCUGUAUCGUUGCAGCUUCAAGCCAGACAAUAUUUUACCAGAGGUUUCUGGAUCAGGAAACCAGUUUAUGUAUGAGAUUUGCCUCGCAUUUGUAACAUGGUGUAACAAAUAUCAC